AUGGGACUAGUUAAUGGUAUUUUUACAAGUAUUUCAAGUGUAUAUAACAAGAUAAAUCCAUUAACAUUUGGUGGAGCAAAUGAUGUUAUUAUAGUAAAGAAGAAAAACGGUGAGUACAACUGUUCUCCGUUUUACAUAAGAUUUUCUAAACUAAAUUUUUGUAACAGUAGAAGUAGAUUGGUGAAUGUGCUAAUAAAUGGAGAAGAUAGUGGAAUAACAAUGACAAUAACUAGUGCAGGAGAUCUUUAUUUUAAAACAUCAGACGAAAAAGAAGAGUAUGUUUUGUCUGGAGUACCAAACCUAAGUGACAUCGUAGAGAGUGUGUUGUCCAAUGCAUUGUUUCUUAAAGAAGCUAAAUAUGAGAAAAUAAGUAGAAGAUUACAAAUAAAUGAAGAAUAUUUUGAUAAGAUGAGAAGAAAUAAUUUGAAUUUAAGAAAGUUUUUUAGAAGAGAAGUUGUUCCAAUAUCAGAAAGAUUUGAUGAAAUUUUUUUAUCAUGUAAAGAUCUUGAACGAGCACUGAAUAUUCCAGAGUACUGGGAAUUGAAUAUCAAAAAAUAUAAAGAAAUUACUAAGGCCUUUGAGUAUAUAUUUACAAAUGAGAAAAGUAUAAAUGGGGCACUUAAAGGACGUAUAGAAUUUUCGAAUUGUCUUUUCAAUCAGUAUGAAAGUAUAAGUGAGAUGGAAAAAGAAUUUAAAGACUUUUACACAACUGAAACUAAACAUACUGAGAACUUAGCAGUAAGAAUUAAAGGAGAUAGAUCAUAUUUCUAUUUUAAGUAUAAUAAGUUUGUAAGACUUUAUUUUGAAACAAUGGCAACUAAGAAUAAGAAAAUGAAGAUAUUAGAAUUAUUAGAAGAAUUUCAUGAAGAAUCACUUGGAUGGAGUAUGUUUAGAUCAAAGCAGUUAAUUAAAAGAGAUUUAGCAUUGUCUAUGAAAUUGAAUAGUAAAGAAAUUUCUGAUUUAAAUUUAAAGAAAGGAAAGAAUGAUGCUGAGUUUAAAAUUAUGGGAACUGACAGUAAACUAGCAUGUUAUAUUUAUUUAUGGGAUGACACUGAUAAGAUUGUAGUGAGUGAUAUAGAUGGAACAAUAACUAAGAGUGAUAUUCUUGGACAGAUGUGUGGAUAUGUUGGUUUUGAUUGGACUUAUAUUUCAGUAGCACCGUUAUUUAAGAAUAUUGCCGAAAAUGGAUAUAGAUUUAUUUACCUGUCAUCUAGGCCUAUUGGACAAUCAUCAGUUACAAGAAAUUAUCUUAGAAAUAUUGAUCAGGGUGGAUUUAACUUGCCAGAAGGACCUAUUCUAUUAAAUAAUGAUGGUAUUAUUGCAGCUCUAUAUAAAGAAGUAAUUAGUAAAGAAACAGAUAUUUAUAAGAGAAAUAUGUUAGAGAUGGUGUUAGGUCUCUUCCCAGCUAAGAGAGAAAAUAGUGACAUUCUUAUUGGUGGAUUUGGAAAUAAAUUAAAAGAUGUUUUUGCUUAUCAGGCAGUAGGAAUAAAAAAUAGUAGAAUUUUUACUAUCAAACCAGAUUCGAAAGUAACGUUAGUUAAUUCACUUUGUACUUACAGAUCACUCAGUCAUGUAGUGGAUAGCAUGUUUCCUAACUUAUUUACAGCUAAAGAGGUACUGAAAUUAAGAGCUUAUAGUAAUGCAGCUUAUUGGAACAAUCUUUAA